UAGCUGAGCACAUCUGGGACCCAGCAAAUAGCCACUAAGCACUCGGGAACCUGCCGUGAAGCUGGUGUGUGCUCUAAGGUCCUGAGCAGUCCAGCGCUAUGGACCCAGACCCCCAGGCGGGUGUGCAGGUGGGCAUGCGCGUGGUACGCGGCGUGGACUGGAAGUGGGGCCAGCAGGACGGCGGUGAGGGCGGCGUGGGCACGGUGGUGGAGCUCGGUCGCCAUGGCAGCCCCUCGACCCCCGACCGCACAGUGGUCGUGCAGUGGGACCAGGGCACCCGCACCAACUACCGCGCAGGCUACCAGGGCGCCCAUGACUUACUGCUCUACGACAACGCCCAGAUAGGUGUGCGGCACCCCAACAUCAUCUGCGACUGCUGUAAGAAGCACGGGCUGCGGGGCAUGCGCUGGAAGUGCCGCGUGUGCUUCGACUACGACCUGUGCACGCAGUGCUACAUGCACAACAAGCACGAUCUGGCCCACGCCUUUGAGCGCUACGAGACGGCCCACUCGCGCCCUGUCACCCUGAGUCCCCGCCAGGGCCUCCUGCGGACCCCACUCAGGGGCAUCUUCCAGGGGGCGAAGGUGGUGCGAGGCCCUGACUGGGAGUGGGGCUCACAGGAUGGAGGAGAAGGGAAGCCAGGCCGUGUGGUGGACAUCCGUGGCUGGGAUGUGGAGACAGGCCGGAGCGUGGCCAGUGUGAUGUGGGCCGACGGAACCACUAACGUGUACCGUGUGGGCCACAAGGGCAAGGUGGACCUCAAGUGUGUGGGCGAGGCGGCAGGUGGCUUCUACUACAAGGACCACCUCCCAAGGCUCGGCAAGCCAGCAGAGCUGCAGCGCAGGGUCAGUGCCGACGGCCAGCCCUUCCAGCACGGGGACAAGGUCAAGUGUCUGCUGGACACAGACGUCCUGAGGGAGAUGCAGGAAGGCCAUGGUGGCUGGAACCCCAGGAUGGCAGAGUUUAUCGGACAGACGGGCACCGUGCACCGCAUCACAGACCGCGGGGACGUGCGUGUGCAGUUCAACCAUGACACCCGCUGGACCUUCCACCCCGGGGCGCUCACCAAGCACCACUCCUUCUGGGUGGGUGAUGUGGUCCGCGUCAUCGACGACCUGGACACAGCGAAGCGACUGCAGGCUGGGCACGGCGAGUGGACGGACGACAUGGCCCCCGCCCUGGGCCGCGUCGGGAAAGUGGUGAAGGUGUUCGGAGACGGGAACCUGCGCGUGGCCGUCGGCGGGCAGCGGUGGACCUUCAGCCCCUCCUGCCUGGCGGCCUACCGGCCCGAGGAGGACGCCAACCUGGAUGUGGCAGAGCGCGCCAGGGAGAACAAAAGCUCGUUGAGUGUGGCUCUGGACAAGCUGCGGGCCCAGAAGAGUGAGCCAGAGCACCCAGGGCGGCUGGUGGUGGAGGUGGCGCUGGGCAGUGCAGCCCGGGCCCUGGACCUCCUGCGGAGGCACCCGGAACAGGUGGACACCAAGAACCAGGGCAGGACCGCCCUGCAGGUGGCCGCCUACCUGGGCCAGGUGGAGCUGGUGCGGCUGCUGCUUCAAGCGAGGGCUGGCGUGGACCUCCCGGACGAUGAGGGCAACACAGCGCUGCACUACGCGGCCCUGGGGAACCAGCCCGAGGCCACCCGGCUGCUCCUGAGCGCGGGGUGUGGGGUGGACGCCCUCAACGGCACCCGGAGCACGGCGCUGCACGUGGCUGUGCAGAGGGGCUUCCUGGAGGUCGUGAGGAUGCUGUGUGAGCGCGGCUGUGACGUCAACCUGCCUGACGCAAAUGCCAACACGCCCCUGCAUUCCGCCAUCUCUGCGGGUGCCGGCGCCAGUGGCAUCGUUGAGGUCCUCACCGAGGUGCCUGGCAUCGACGUCACCGCCACCAACAGCCAGGGCUUCACACUGCUGCACCAUGCAUCGCUCAAGGGCCACACGCUGUGAGUGUGGGGUGGGCACAGUCCCCUGCUGCGUUGCUGGCCUCUCGGAGAUGGCCCCAGGCCCGGGACAGACCUCCCUGCCCCCACAGAGCUGUCAGGAAGAUUCUGGCUCGGGCACGGCAGUUGGUGGACGCCAAGAAGGAGGAUGGCUUCACGGCGCUGCACCUGGCCGCCCUGAACAACCACCGCGACGUGGCCCAGAUCCUCAUCCGGGAGGGCCGCUGUGACGUGAACGUGCGCAACCGGAAGCUCCAGUCCCCGCUGCAUCUGGCUGUGCAGCAGGCCCACGUGGGGCUGGUGCCACUGCUGGUGGAUGCUGGGUGCAGCGUCAACGCCGAGGACGAGGAGGGGGACACGGCCCUGCACGUGGCACUGCAGCGUCAUCAGCUGCUGCCCCUGGCGGCUGAUGGGGCCGGGGGCGACCCAGGGCCCUUGCAGCUGCUGUCUAGG